AUGACCAGCUGGACAUCACAAAGCUGGAGUGAAAGUAAUCCAACCGAGGGCACUUCCAACUCCAAUCAGGCAACUGCAACAGCAUCUACAGCACUAGAGGUCAAUACUACGAGCCAAUUACAACCCACGACCCCAGAUUCAUAUCCAACAACUUCAACUUCCACAAAUGCAAAUCAAACAUAUAGGUCAACACAUCCAUCAUAUCAACUAGGACCUAUUCCAUCAUUGGCCCAAAUGCAACAUCGUGGAAUGUAUGCUGCACCUAGCUCAAGCUAUCCAACAUCAGAGCUAGAAAAACCAACCCAACCAAUCCCCCCUUCAUAUCAACAAUAUCCUCCAUCCUUGACAUAUUUCUCAGGAGACUUUUUUGGUGGUCCUGAAUAUGGCGGUAGUCAAAUGAAUUCAAACCCAAGUGUACCGCGACAACAACUGCAUCAUGGAAUAAUGCCGCCAGUUCCUGUACAACCAUUCCAAGUACCAGAAUAUUCUAUUCAACCAAAUCCACCCCCAGAACAAACUUGGGAUCAAUUUGGAUUACAAACUCAACACCAAGAACUGACAAGUAAAGGAACUAUACGACCGUCUAAAGAUGGAAAAAAGGCAGGUAAACGACUUAGUAGCAGAAGAAAGUCAUCCACUGAGAAUGGAAGUGAUUCAAGUCCCAAGAGUAGUACUUCAGGUUCUCCAGGUGGAACACAACCAGUUAAGAAAAGAUCACGGAUGGGUUGUUUAACCUGUCGACAAAGAAAGAAGAGGUGUUGUGAAACUAGACCAAGAUGUACUGAAUGUUCAAGACUUAGAUUGAAAUGUACUUGGCCCAAACCGGGUAUGGAACAUAAAAAUAAACCCAAGGAUGCGAAGGAUGAAGAAAAUUAUAUUAAUCAUGAAAUAUAUGGAAGGAUUAAAGUAUUAAGAGGAAUUGUUGAAUAUAAAAGUAAGUAA